AGGCCAGUGGAAAAUUUCGUAGUUCGCAAAUUAUUCGUAAGCGUGGAAGAUGAUACGCCGGGAAAGUGGUGCUCCAAGGCGCCCCGCUGCCAGGCGUCGUGGGGGGAGGAGGGGAGAGAGAGGGGGCGAGCGGCGUGCCUCGUGUGAGUGCCAGUCUGUAGUGUCAGCGGCGGCGCGCGGAGAUCGAGACGGAGGUGCCAGCGAGCCAAGCCGCGGCGUUGACGGUAUCUGUGGAGACCUGAGCGUGUGUUGCCCCGAGGCGCACGAGGAACCCGGACACUCAAGAGCCACAUCAGCGCUGCAGGGACCCUCAAACACGCCUUCUUCAUCGUCCCAUUACUGACGCAUCCGACGGAGAACUUUUGCACCAAACUUCGACUGAGAUAAAGUUAAGAAAAGAGAAGAAAAAGCGUGGUCAGAGGACGCGGAGGAGUGGAGGGAGCGGGCCGAGUGGUGGACGUUUUGGGGUUGGCUCCCCUCCUCCCCCCUCCCCUCCCUAAGUGGCAGUGACCUUGACGGCAAUAAUUAACGGCAGGUGUGUGUCAAGGGAGCGGCCACACCUGACGACGUGGGGGAGGAGGCUAAUUGUCGCUUCCUUUUGCCCCCGUCUCACCUGAGUGUUUUUAUUUUUAUUUAUUUAUUAAUUUCGUCGAUAUUCCCUUCUACGCUUCGACUCAAGUUCAAGUUCGGGUUCAACUCGCCAACAGCAUUAAAAAUCAGUCGCCGGAAAAAAAGAAAUACAAAGAAAAAUAACUCUUACUCCGAUGAAUGAAAAUAAUACCAAAUAACUGCGCUUGCCAUAGAUACAUAGAAAAAGACAGGAAGCAAUACACAACGAAAAUCACAAGAAAAUAACUGUCUCAAAUGCUGUAAAGGUGGAUAGAUAACAUAACAGCGAAACAAACUACCCCCCAAAAGAUUCGUGAGGUAAUCGGUCAUAAAAAACAACAGAUUAAAGAAGAAAGUUAAAUCUGUUAGUGUUCUCAUCUACGUGAAUUAAAAGGCUUAAUCACCCAUAAGAACACACCUGCUCACACACCUAACACACCUGCUAUGGCGGCACCCAGGUAAAGGCAGGUCGAUGGAGUUAGACAGCGAAGGAAAGUGAAAGUAUUUGGACGAAAGGAGAACAAACAGGAAAAAUAAAAGGAAGGGAAGAAUUAACCACCCCAGGAUGCAGGAUUUGGGCGCUCUCCUCUACAUUCCAACCAUCAACAGGUGAUGUGGUGAUGACGGGAAGACAUUCUCUUCUCCCUACGACCGCUUCCCCGAGCUGGGCCAGGGCCCUGCUUCCCCUUCUGCUGGUGGUCCUCUUCUGCUGCGCCCCUGCUGCCCCUGCCUCCUCCGUGGUGAGGCAGGGGCCGGACGGCGAGACAGGGCAGGCAGAAGGGAUGGGUGGUGUGUGGCUACGUGGGAAGACCUCUUUCCAUCCUCCUGAAACGGGGGACUCAACCAUUCCUAAAGUCCAUGGCGUGGGGGCCGGGGCAAGGACCGCAGCGUCUGACGGGGCUGUGAUCGGGGAUUACGGCAGGGAAUUGCAAAGCACGAGAUAUUUACACAGAAGAGAAGACCCGCAGGUCAGAAAAAAGUCACAUCGAUCUCGCAAAUCUCUGGAUGUUGACGGAGCUGAAUCGGAAAAUGGCGCGGGGUCUUCGUCGUCCUUCUUCGUCUCCUCAGAUUGGAGUCGAGGCACAAGAACCCCAGGACGCGAGGAAGAAAGGGAUAUCCGUCCAGGAAAUUGGCCGCAGGAACCCGGGGCGUUUGAGCGGGUAUCGAGCCGGGAAGAGAGCGAGAGAAAGGCGUCUCGGGCUCAACACAAGACCUCCAUUAUGGCGGAGACAGGAGAAGAGGGUCGGCUCGAGAGGGAAGAAGACCACUCACGGCUCGGGCGGGAGGUGAUGGAGGGUCAGUGGGGGGAGGGCGAAGGCAGCAUCCUCGCGUCCCCCCACCAGGACUCCCAGCCGGCGAGGAAGGUAACUCAACUGACCUUCGACGGCAGUGAUAACCCCGUGGCGCCGCUCGAAGAAUCCAUGGCGGCGAUUGGAGCUGUGGAGGACCAGGACGACGACGACUCUUUCAACGGCCACGUGGAGGACAUGGGUAACCUAGAACACAGCAUCUUCAGCGUCAACCCGGCGGUGUUUCCCCUCCGUGACGCCGGACGAGGCACCAUGACGCAGGAGGGACCACAGGCUGGCCACGGCAACGAAGACUUUUCAAGCUCGUUGGGGCUGCCGACGGCGCGGGGCACCCUGCAAACGAGUCUGCCGGAGAGGGAUGACGCUACGAGGGAUACGCUGGGCAUAUGCCUGCCACACGGGCCGGACCGGGAUGAACCGGGCUGCGGGUGUAAUGAUACGAUGUGCAGCUGUGAGGAGUGUGACAUCCAGCAAAUCCCGACCAACUUCACCAGCAACGUCACCGCCAUAACAAUGAGCCAAGUUACCAUCAGGACGAUCAGAAACGACUCCUUCACCCGCUACCGAGAGACCCUGGAUGAAAUUACGUUGGAGCAAGUGGAGGAGCUUACCACCGUGGAGGCCGGGGCGUUUAAGGGCCUGGAGCAGCUCAAAGUCAUAUACAUCCACUCUGCGAAGAAGCUCCUGACGCUGCCCAACCUCACCUUCAACGAGGACAACAGCAAACUGAAGACCAUUCGCAUCACCAGUUCUGGCCUGGAGGAGAUCCCUUUCAUCACCAACAACGCUACGGGCAAGAUCAUGAGCUUAGUGGACUUAGACGCCUGCCGCAUACGGAGGGUUCGGCGUCGGUCUUUUCGCCUCAUCGUCGACUCGCUGUCCCUCAGCUACAACCAGAUCGAGGAGGUGGAGAAGGAGGCGUUCUACGGGUCACAGAUUGGAACACUGAACUUGAAGGGCAACACUCGCCUGCGGAAUCUGGACCCGGAGGCCUUCAAGGGAAUCGACAGCAUCCGUACCCUAGACCUCUCGCACACAUCCAUUACAUCCCUGCCGACGAUGGGCUUGACGCAGCUCGAGAACCUCUUCGUGCAAUUCACCCCGACGCUGAAGGUGUUCCCGUCCGUGUACUCCUUCAAGAACAUCAAGAAGGCGAAGCUCACCUACCCCUACCACUGCUGCGCCUUCCAGUUUCCGCAGCGGCACGACCCACUCCGAUACAGGGAAGCCAUUCGAAAGUUGGACCAGAUGUGUUCAGACGUCACCUCGCCCAACCCGCUCCUCCUCACCUCCACGCCGUCGCCGAGGUCCCGCCGCUACAAGUCUCGCGUGGCGAGACCUUCACCUCCCAUGUCUCGGCCUGGCGGGAAUAUCUACGAAAAAUUCUCAUCCGAGCGCUUUCCGGACCAGGGGAGGACACUGGAGACCUGGGGAACGAUAGCCCACGGGGAGGGCGGCGCGGCGGCCUUCAGCUUGUCGUCCCCGAGCAGCGAGGAGGCGGGAGGCAACACAAAGAGACACGGACACAGCCGGCAGUUUGAGAGAUCUCACUUGCCCUUCGAAGGUUCACCGGCAAAUCUCCACUCCACCUUUCCCCAGCUGAGGGAGGUGCCAGAAACCACCACCGACGCUGCUUCCUCCAGCCUCACACGUGGCCAUGCCCGCCACUCCGGCCAUCACACACGGGUUCUGAGGCCCCAGGGUGCGUUUUACACUGAGGGCCCCGAUGGAUCCGGCCCCACGUCAGUCAAGCCCAAAGUUCGCUUCCGCCGCCACAGCCACACGCAUACGGGGCCUCACUCGGCUCGGGUUCCACGUUCUGAGGACGCAGCCGGUGCCGUGCUCCGUUCCCAGACGCGCUUCAGGCAGCAGGCGGCGUCUCUGAUCCGUGAGCCUGAUGAAGCUAAGAUUUCGCGGCCAGAGAAACGCGACCCACACACCGACCACCUAAACUUUUAUUCCAACCAGCCCAGGACGGAGUUCACGGGGGGCGGCAUGGGGGGCCACAUUCCCCUCCCCUACAGGUUUGGUCCCUUCAAUAAAACGCAAGGCAGACUCCCGCAGACCCUGUCCAGGCCCAACGCGUCCACGCAGGGCAUGAACAACGACGUGUGGCAGGAAGACGUCCCGCCCAUGGACUCGGGGGACGACCCCACCUACAAGCUGAGCCCCGCUGAGCACCCCGUGGACCUGCACCCGGAUGAGCCCGGCGGCACCUUCCACGCCGAGGCCGGGGAGGUGUGGCACAAGCCGCACGAGGGCGGCGGCACCAAGCAGACCAGCGUGUGGAUGCCCGGGCAAGUCUUCGUACCCACCAACAUGAACGUGACUUGCGGGAACCUUUCUAAAGACUACCACGACGUCCAGUGUAUACCGGGGCCCGAUGCCUUCAACCCGUGCGAAGACAUCAUGGGUAACCUGGCUCUCCGGGUGGCUGUGUGGCUGGUGGUGGUGACGGCCGUGGUGGGGAACCUGGCUGUCAUGAUUGUGCUAAUAUCUUCUAGGUUCAAACGCUCGUCACUCAGGAUACUAGAACAAAAAAUAGCCGCACCGAAUCGCUCCAGACGACCUCUCACUACCGCCUCUUACGCCCCUUCUUGUAAACCCUUUUCAAGAAUGACUGUGAGCAAGUUCCUGAUGGUUAACCUCGCCCUGGCUGACCUCUGCAUGGGUUUGUAUCUCCUUAUCAUCGCCGCCAUGGACCUCCACACCAUUGGAGACUACUUCAACUACGCUAUUGACUGGCAGAGCGGCCCUGGGUGUAAGGUGGCCGGCUUCCUCACCGUGUUCGCCUCGGAGUUGUCGAUCUUUACGCUGACGGUCAUCACUUCGGAGCGCUGGUACGCCAUCACCUACGCCAUCCACCUCAACAAGCGCCUGAAGCUGUCCAUGGCGGUGAAGAUGAUGGUGGGAGGCUGGGCAUACUCGAUCACCAUGGCCACCCUCCCCCUCGUCGGCGUCUCCAGCUACAGCAAAACCAGCAUUUGUUUACCUAUGGAGACUGGUGACGGGCUCUCCCUGGCGUACCUGGUGUCGCUGCUGCUGGUUAACGGCCUCGCCUUCUUCGUCAUCACCGCCUGCUACGCCUCCAUGUACUUUUCCAUUAGCCGCAACGACGCUAUGGCCCCGCACUCCGACCUCACCGUGGCGAAGAGGAUGGCGCUGCUCGUCUUUACGGACUUCGCUUGCUGGGCGCCCAUUGCGUUCUUUGGACUGACGGCGGUGGCAGGUCUUCCGCUUAUUAACGUUACGCGCGCCAAGAUCCUGCUGGUGUUCUUCUACCCGCUUAACUCGUGUGCCAACCCCUACCUCUACGCCAUCCUGACCAAGCAGUACCGCCGGGACCUCUUCAUCCUGCUUGGGAGAUACGGGUUCUGCACCAAGAGAGCGAUGAAGUACAAGGGCGCCUACUCCUCUGUCAACAACACCUUCCCGCCUAACACUGGGGUCAACGCGCCCAACCACCGCAGCUCCACUCUCACCCAGAUUACCCUCUGUGACCUCAGCCGCAGCCGCACCUCGCAGCAGAGCAACAACGGCUCCCUCCUCGGCGGCACCACGGUCGUCGGCUCACAGGAAUCACUUCAGAGGAAUGUCAAGCCCAUAAAGACUCCAACCAAACCUGAGACGGGCUGCGGCGUCUCGACGGGGGAGAACGAGCGCCUCAGCACCGUGCAGGAGAUGAGCCACAGCCCCCACAGCGACGAGGAGGCACCGGAUGACCACAUCUUCUCGGGCGACGACGACUCCCACAGCAGCGUCGUGAAGCAGGCCGGGUCGCCACACCCAAUCAAGAACUGCUACACGCGUCUCUCCUUCACGCCGGAGCAGGAGGAAAUCCUCAAACAGGCGCUCAACGAGUCCAAAGCCAAGAAGAGGAGAGGGAAGAUCGAGAAAGAAGACGGGGACCCGGCCACGCAGGAGCUCCUCAGCCACCCGAGACCCCGAACGAAAGAAAACGGGAGUCCGACGUGUCGUGGGGAGGCUAUAGUGAUUUGCAUACGUGAGGUUCGCCCUAAGGAGAUUGAGGUAGACAGAAGGGGUAGGCAUAGAGUGUCCAGCCUACAGGAAGAAGAAGAGGUUGAGGAAGAGGAAGACUAUGAGGAGCUAGAAGGCCAAAGAAAGGUGACGUCUACCGUAUAACACUAAGGUAUGUGAGCCGUAUGUUACGUGCGUCUGUUCCGGAGGGCCGUUGUUCGUAGAGCCUUGAAUGUAAUCCCGCGCUUCGCUUGUUUUGAUCCUUUGUUCAUGGACGAUUAAAUUCCCUCAAGUUGUGUCAUAUCAGCUCGGCAAAGAUUAGAAAAGAAGAAUUAUAACCAUCACACACACACACACACACACACACACACUAACACACCAUCACAUCCUAAUUUUAAGGGCCAUCCUCAUUGGUGCUUUUCAUGUUUUCUUUCACCGUUUUAUUUUGCGUUCUCCCUCAUGGUCAUCAUCAUCACCAUCAUCAGCAAGUUCAAGUCAUUUCAUUUAUACUUUUAAGCAGCAUCCGAAUUUUGAGCCUCAAAUGAAGCAGGAGGAACAAAAAUCGGGUGUUAUUUUACCUGUAUGAUACUACCAACAAUUCCACACGUGACAUUUCCAUAACCUUCUCCCCGAGUGCCCAUUUCUUUGUAUAUAGAGAUAGAUUAUUUUUUUGGUAUCGUUUUAUUCAUCCCCAAAGAACGCCAUUUCCUCCCUCUCUCCCUCCCUCCUUUGUAUCGCCGUUCACGUCACGUCACGCCUUUCCGAACGACAAAUUGGCAUAUCUAUUCAGCUAUUAAGUGGAGACGAUACUGGAAUAGAUAUCGCUAAUUGAAACCGACUGGAUGGAUGGAUGGAUGGAAGGAUAAAUGGGGCUAUUCGAAUUGUUUCUGUACUUUAAUACUUGAGAGAGAGAGAGAGAGAGAGAGAGAGAGAGAGAGAGAGAGAGAGAGAGAGAGAGAGAGAGAGAGAGAGAGAGAGAGAGAGAGAGAGAGAGAGAGAGAGAGAAGGUAACAACGAUUUUCAGUUCCACUUUUCAUUCAUACAUGGUCAUCUUCGUCGUCAUCAUCUAUUUAUUAGUGUUAGGUGUACAUAUACAUUUUCCGUCCUCAUACGAGCUCCCAGUAUUCGGUUGUCGCUGCCCCCCCCCCCCCCCUCCCUCCGUUCCCCCGUUCCUCGUUCCUCUCCCCGCGCUGUACAUUUACUCGAGAGAAUGAAAAGUUAACCGCUCGACCUCUCUUUUUCGUCCCCCUCAAGACUGUGAAGAAAAAAAUAAAUAAACGCUGCGUCUCUGUAUUUUUGGCAUUGAAUAAAAGUCGUCUGUAGCGCUUCA